AGUUACUUGAGAUGAGGAAGAUCGUUCGAAGGAGUCGGUCAACAUUUUCUCCUCUCGAAUUACGCGGUUCGAUGUUACCUGGUUACUGGUCUUCCCUUAGCAUACUGCGUAGUGCUUGCUCGAUCUCGGUGGAAGCCCGGAUCUUGAUUCCACUGCUCGCUGAGCCCGAGCACUGUGCAACUUCGAAUUCGAAUCGCCUGCGUCGCCGAACGUCUGUGUGGCCGUCGAGAUGGCGCUUUGAGAGGUCAAAGAUUGCGACGAUGGCCGGUGUGGCGCAACACUCACAAUGCUGUCAGUGGAGUGUCGAGCAAAUUCUUUCGGAGGCGGAGUCUGAGCCCAGAACGGUGGACGUGUAUGCCGCCAAGAUCGAGCCAAAACUCGCCAACUUCAUCAUAAGGGAGCUCAAUGUCAAGGCACCGCUACCAUCCCUAGGUCAUGUGAAGCGGAUACGAAGGUGUGGUACUCAAGGUGCGUUGGAGUUAUCUGUGAUUUUGUGCCCGGUGAACGAGGCUGGAACUUCAGAAGAUGCUGUGAUGCCGACCUGUGUUUCCGAGUUGGUGGACAAACAUGGUCUGCAACCCUUCAUAAUUUCUGUUUCAGAAAAGCCUGCAAGGACCAGAGAAGAAUGGGAGGUGCAGUGCCAACUAUGGCCAACUUCUUUUCAUCCAAACGCUGGGAAAGCUGAACUGGAGGAACUAGAUCAAGCUGCAGUGCACUCCAUGUGCACCUUUAUGCAGAUGGCUGUCCAGGUAGCCCAUCUGGCUCGAGGAUAUGGACAGCCGGGAAAUGGAGCUAUCAUUGUGGAUCCCGGGUUAGGUGCUGUUGUUGCCUGGGGUUAUGAUGGGACGGGUUCUUGCUGCUCAUCUGUAAAUUUUGGAUCACACAGCUCAGCUACAGUCCCAAUUAAGGGUUCAGGAAGAGAUCCAGAGGAGCAUCAGAACUCGCCCGUGAUGGCCUCCAUCGAAACAAUGUUAUCUUCAGAACCAAUUUUGGAGCGAGGUUCAAAUACUCUAUUCAAGGUCCUGAAAAGUCCCGAAUGUUUCGAGACACACGGAAAUAAUUCUGAGACCGAUAAGCAUACAGAAUCAAAGAAGUUUACAGGUAGACAGUUUCUGGGUCACGGGUUGCAUCCCUUGCGCCACGCAGUUAUGGCAGCCAUUGAAAUGGCUGCUGCAAGAGAUCGAAGAUUGUUCCCCACUGACAGAAUAAGCAAAUGUAGGCCGGACGAGACUGAAUUCGAGGAUAUUCCCGUAAGUUCCAAAAAACAUCGAAGUGUAGAGGUCAUAGGGGACGAACAUCGAGCCCGUUUGGGUUCCUCCACUGAGAACAUGACAAAAACCGACCCUUUUGAAAUAUCACGGCCUUAUCUGUGCACAGGGUUUGACAUAUAUAUUACUCGGGAACCAUGCGCAAUGUGUGCUAUGGCCAUGGUGCACCAGAGAUUUCGAAGGGUCGUAUACGGAGUUCCAAACACACUUGAUGGCGCUUUGGGAAGCCGAUAUCGACUGCAUGGGAAACCAACGUUAAAUCAUCAUUACACUGUAUUCAAAGUCUCAAUAUCUGAAGAAACUCUGCUGUAGCAUUUAGGCAGAUCACAAUUACGCUAGCGUAAGAGUCGAGCUUAGAGAAACAAGGUCUCUCGGUUAUCAGUUUCAUGCCCGAGAGUCGUGUCUUCGUGCAUCGAGAGGUCGUUUGAUUAGAAUACGCAGAUUUUGGGAAAGUCCAACGACUGAAGGUCGUGUACAUUUGGAUACAAACGAAGUUUUGGUACGCGCAG